AUGUCGCAAAAUAAUGAAUCAAUUGCUACAUGGUUUUGCCCGAAACAAGGUAUUCAAUUGAAUAGUCAUAAAACAGUACAUCUGACAAUUCAUGGUUAUACCUACGAUCACACGUACUGGACAUUUCCUUAUCAAUCACCGAAUUAUUCAUAUGUUAACUAUGUCAUUGAGAAUAGUGGUGGAGAUAUUGUUAUUUUGAAUAUCGAUCGAAUUGGAAUUGGUUUAAGUUCAAAGCCCCUGGCCACUGACAUAACCGUCGAUGCAAAUGCCAAUGUUAUUUCUCAAUUAAUAACAAAUCUACAUAAUGGAAUGUCUCAAAAUGUUCAAUUCGUAGAUAUUGUACUCGUCGGUCAUUCACUUGGAACAUUGAUUUCAUGGAAAAUAGUUUCUCAAUCUGCAUAUAAUCGAUACGUUCGUGGUUUCAUUGCUACCAGUUGGUUGCAUUUACCAAAUCCAAUAGGGACAACUGCAGUUGUGACUCUAUCCUAUCCUACACAACUUGAUCCAAAGUUUAGUCAACAAUCACUACCUAUCGGCUAUCUCACGACAAAUCGAUUGAAUCAUACACGUCAGUAUCUAUUCUAUAAUAUCAACGAUACUGAUCCAAAUGUCAUUCAAGUCGACGAAGAAACGAAACAAACUGGUACAGCAGGCGAAAUCGCGACAUUUGGAUUAGCUUAUUCUCCAACUGUAACACUGGUGAUGCCGAGCAAUAUUUCUGUGUUAGUUGUCGUCGGAGGACACGUGACACGAUAUUUCCGCGCGCGACAUUACAGCGCAUGUGCAAAAUGA